UAUGUGGAUGGUAGUGACUGAGUUCCUAAGCCAUCACCCGCUGUUUCUCAAGUACAUUAGCAGGAAGCUGCGUGGGAUUUAAAGGAGAUGUGGGACAUAUGGAUUUGGGAUAUGAAUUCAUUUGAAAAACCACUGUGGGGGUAUGAAUGUGAUUUCUGAUGAAACUGGAUUGGAAUAAUUUUGAUGAUCUUUGUAUAUUUAUAUAUAUAUUUUAAAAUUUUGCAUUUGACUUAAAGUGCCAUGAGAAAAUUUGCAUACUGCAAGGUGGUCCUAGCCACCUCCUUGAUUUGGGUACUCUUGGAUAUGUUCCUGCUGCUUUACUUCAGUGAAUGCAACAAAUGUGAUGAGAAAAAAGAGAGAGGACUUCCUGCUGGGGAUGUUCUAGAGCCAGUACAAAAGCCUCACGAAGGUCCUGGAGAAAUGGGGAAACCAGUCGUUAUUCCUAAAGAGGAUCAAGAAAAGAUGAAAGAGAUGUUUAAAAUCAAUCAGUUCAAUUUAAUGGCAAGUGAGAUGAUUGCACUCAACAGAUCUUUACCAGAUGUUAGGCUAGAAGGGUGUAAAACAAAGGUGUAUCCAGAUAAUCUUCCUACAACAAGUGUGGUGAUUGUUUUCCACAAUGAGGCUUGGAGCACACUUCUGCGAACUGUUCAUAGUGUCAUUAAUCGCUCACCAAGACACAUGAUAGAAGAAAUUGUUCUAGUAGAUGAUGCCAGUGAAAGAGAUUUUUUGAAAAGACCCCUGGAGAGUUAUGUGAAAAAAUUAAAAGUCCCAGUUCAUGUAAUUCGAAUGGAACAACGUUCUGGACUGAUCAGAGCUAGGUUAAAAGGAGCUGCCGUGUCAAAAGGCCAAGUGAUCACCUUUUUGGAUGCUCAUUGUGAGUGCACAGUGGGGUGGCUGGAGCCUCUCUUAGCCAGGAUCAAACAUGACAGGAGAACAGUGGUCUGCCCUAUCAUUGAUGUGAUCAGCGAUGAUACUUUUGAAUACAUGGCAGGCUCUGAUAUGACCUAUGGUGGGUUCAACUGGAAGCUCAAUUUUCGCUGGUAUCCUGUUCCCCAAAGAGAAAUGGAUAGAAGGAAAGGUGAUCGAACUCUUCCUGUCAGAACACCUACAAUGGCAGGAGGCCUUUUUUCAAUAGACAGAGAUUACUUUCAGGAAAUUGGAACAUAUGAUGCUGGAAUGGAUAUUUGGGGAGGAGAAAACCUAGAAAUUUCCUUUAGGAUUUGGCAGUGUGGAGGAACUUUGGAAAUUGUUACAUGCUCACAUGUUGGACAUGUGUUUCGGAAAGCUACGCCUUACACGUUUCCAGGAGGCACGGGGCAGAUUAUCAAUAAAAAUAACAGACGACUUGCAGAAGUGUGGAUGGAUGAAUUCAAGAAUUUUUUCUAUAUAAUCUCUCCAGGUGUUACAAAGGUAGAUUAUGGAGAUAUAUCAUCGAGACUUGGUCUGAGACACAAGCUACAGUGCAAACCCUUCUCUUGGUACCUAGAGAAUAUUUAUCCUGAUUCUCAAAUUCCAUGUCACUAUUUCUCAUUGGGAGAGAUUCGAAAUGUAGAAACAAAUCAGUGUCUUGAUAACAUGGCCAGAAAAGAGAAUGAAAAAGUUGGAAUUUUUAAUUGUCACGGUAUGGGAGGUAAUCAGGUUUUCUCAUAUACUGCCAACAAAGAAAUUAGAACAGAUGACCUUUGCUUGGAUGUUUCCAAACUUAAUGGCCCAGUCACAAUGCUCAAAUGCCACCACCUAAAAGGCAACCAGCUCUGGGAGUAUGACCCAGUGAAGUUAACCUUACGGCAUGUGAACAGUAAUCAGUGCCUGGACAAAGCCACCGAAGAGGAUAGCCAGGUGCCCAGCAUUAGAGACUGCAGUGGAAGCCGGUCACAGCAGUGGCUUCUUCGAAACGUCACACUUCCAGAAAUAUUCUGAGACCAAAUUUACAAAAAAAGAAAAAAUAAUGAGACUGGGCUACCUCAGCAUACAUUUCUGCCACACUCUUCAAGUAGCAAAAAAAAAAAAAAAAAAAAGGAAAAGUGCUUUCCUCCUCUGCAGGAUGUAAGGUUUACCAGCCAUUAAAACUUAGACUCUUCUAGCUUUUCACUAGCUGUGAACCAGCCUUCCUGUCCAAGGACGUGAAACUGCAUAGUAGUGAGACUGUGCACACUGAUGUUUACAAGGGUGAAAGAAUCUUUCAUCAAGAGUCAUGGUAAAGAAUAUUCAGACAGUGAAACAGGCAACAACAUGCUUUCUGGAGAGCUACACCUUUUAUGGUUUGCUUGCACAACAGUAAUUUUUACUGACCGUGCUGUCACAGUGAAGAGAUUUCCAAGAUUUUUUUUCCUGAUUAGAACUGGUAGCCAGUAUAUUAAAUAUUGAUAUAAAAAUAAAUGAAAAUGAACUGGAACCGGAUUCAGAAUCAUGAAAACAUUUUUACAACAAUAAAUAAACUAUAUUAAACAGGGUUUAAAGGAAAUUAGAACUAUGAGAAGUACAAUUUGUUAUAGUAUAGUAUCAAAUUUCUAUAUAGAUUUUAUACCUCAGUGGGGAAAAAUAACUGAUUAUAAUGACAUUCAUUUUGUUUUCAUCUGUGAUAGUCAUGGAUGCUUUUAUUUUCCUUGGGGUGCUGAAAUUGAGCUAAAAAAAAAAAACAGCUCUUUGAAUAUAGUUUUAAUUUCUUUCUACAGUAUUUUUUAUUUGGUUUGUGGGCUGUUGGAAUUGUAAUUUUUAAUUGCCUUCUAAAAAAUGAAGAUUUAACAUAAUAUCUAGUCUCAACCAAACAAGUUAGGUCUCCCAGUUGCUCUUGGGUCAGCUGGCUUACACACACACACACACACACGCAAAUUUCUUAACAUAUUUUCAACUUCUUAGCUUGAUUCAACAGAUUAUACUUAAUACCCAAGAUUCAUACUACUGUACUACAGAUUUGUUUUCACAGCAAUAAGUGUUAAGUUCUUUAUGAUUCCACUUAACAAAGGCCUACAGAAGUGAUACAUAAUUUGGGUAUUAGGAGAUAAUAUAUUUGAUGAGUUUUUCUGGAAAACCUUUUCCACUCCAUACUCAAAUGUACUUCAUUGUCAAGUGCAUAUUUAGAUCAGAUUCUUCAAUUGUAAUGUUGAUUUGCUUUUUUAAAAUAAAAUUUUCUUGAGAAUGUUCAAUUGGCAUUUUUUAAUGAGUUGGCAGAAGUGCAGCUAUUAUUCCAUAUAGCUGCUAGUCCUGCAUUUCUUCCCUAAAUUCCAUUUAUGUAAAAUUGAUUUUUCUCUGAAUUUAAUGCCACAAAAACACCUGAGUAUCAAUUAAAAGUUAAUUUUUAAUCUCAUAGAAAAUCUCACUUUUUUCAUGAUAUGUAAAGCAAUCCAUUGGUAAAACUGCAUAUAUUUUUCUUCCAUUUGUUAGAUUCUAUUUAAUGGUAUUUGUUUCUUUGAUUAUCAAAGACUUCACUGCAGGCAGUGCUAUUUCUUGUGUCUAAGAAUGUUUCUGAAAGUUACAUCACCAAUGAUAUUUGCCAGGCUGAGAGUACACAAAUUUGCUCAUAUCCUAUUCAAGUUAGUCAACAUCAAGCACAUAUGGAUGCUUCAGGGUAAGGCUCUAGGACGGAAUGCGUAAACUGUGUCCCUAGGAACUUUGAAAUGAAGUAGGUGGGUGCUGCGUGGAAUUUUUUCUUAUUCCAUGAGCUGUGUGUGAAUUCUAUCUUCAGUAGGCCUAAUGCUUGAAUAAAUCAAAUGUCUAAUCAAUAAAUUAUUUUCAUGCUCAGAAUUGCAGGUUUUUGUACUCCAGCAUAGUUUGGUCUUACUCUAUACUGUAAGAAAGCUCAACAGCAAUGUGAUUUAAGGUUUUGUUUUUUUUUAAAGUGGGGAAUGUGAGUGACUUAAUUCAUGGGUACUUUUAGAACCUAAUAGAUAAUCCCAUUGCCUUUAUUUUUCUAAUUAAAGAAUUCUUAAAUACUUUGAAAAUAUAAAAUAUUCCUAAAUAGUUGUGCCUUAUAUUGGUUUUAUUUGAAGUUAAAAUGAAUCCCUGUUCAUGAAAGUUAUUUGUAGAUUAGGCAGCUGCUGACUACUGUACUGUAAGUCAAAUUGGGAAGAAUGAACGAAAAAGCAAAGGAUAACAAGGUGGAAUUAGUAUUCUAUCAUGAAGAAUUACUAGUGUGACUAUUCAGGAUAAUUUGCAUCUCAUAAAUAUAUUCACCCACCCCAAUCCCAAUAUAUUUUAUUGUGUUUCCCUGUCCUCAUUUGGCAUUCUUGAGAAAUGGUAUUUUGUUCACUGUUCUGCAAAUGGAGAGCACCAUGGAAGCCAUGUCCUCAUUUUCUUGUUCUACAUUUAGCUGAAAAACAGAGGUUCCUUUGCUCUCUUCAUCUUCCAAGAAAUGCACAAGGAGCAAAUUUAACUCUAUAGUUACAUAUUCUUCCAAAAACAAAGAAAUUCAGAAGGUAGUGUUUCUGUGGUGAUAACUAUGAGAGUUUGUACACAAAGAAUUACUUUCUCUACCAUUGGAAAAUAUAGAUCUGUUUCCAGUUAUGUGACAUUUCUUCCAUCUGGUUACUUGGUGAUUUCUAAGCAUUUCCUUGAUAAAUUUAACAGAACUAGUAAUUUGGCAGGAUAUGAGACAAAUAUAUAAAACUCAGUUUUGCAAAUCUGUGCAUUAGUAUCAAACACUUCAAAUUAAAAUUUAAAAUAUUUAUAAUAGCAUUAAAAAAAAAGUAUCUAGGAAGAAAGCUGUUCAAGACUUCUACCCUGAAAACUGCAAAACAGUGCUGAGAAAAAGCACAGAACAUGACGAUAAAUAUACUGUGUUUAUGAGUUGAAAGACUGAAUAAUGUUAAGAUAUCAGCAUAUUAUUGAUUUAAUGAAAUUAAAGUUCCAUGAAGCUGUAUUGUAGAAAUUGGCAAAUACAUACAGAAAUGCAGCAGACCCAAAAUAGCCAAGAUAAUAUUGAAGAAAAAAAUAAAAUUGAAAGACUACAUUUCAUCAAUUUUAAGACUUCCUGUAAAACUACAGCAAUUAAAAAAGUGAAGCACUAAAUUUAUAAUAAACAAAUAGUUCAAUAGAAUAGAGCAUACAGAAAUAGAUCCCAUAUAUAUGUGGUUAUUUGCUUUAUAACAAAAAUCAUCAAACAAGUUAGUAAAAAUUUAAAAAGGAGGGGGGAUUUUGAUAAUACCUUUAUGAGAAAAAAACUGAAUAUUGAUACCUUCUCUUCAUUACAUACACUAUUCGAAAUGGAUUAUAGAUCUAAAUGUGAAGAGCAGAACACUAAAUCUUAGAAAGUAAAGUGUAGAAUCUUAAUGGCCUUAGGUUAUGUGAAGAUAUCUUAAGACACAAAAGCUA